UUACUCAUUUUAUUUUGCCUUCGCAGGUAUUCUGGAGUUCAUCAGUCUUGCAGUUGGUCUGGUCAGCAUCAGAGGGGUGGACAGCGGCCUUUACCUCGCCAUGAACAGCAAGGGGGAGCUGUAUGGAUCGGAAAAGCUGUCAGCGGAGUGCGUUUUCAAGGAGCAGUUUGAGGAAAACUGGUACAACACUUACUCCUCAAACAUCUACCGGCACGGGGAGAAAGGGGCCUUCUACUUCGUUGGGCUGAACAAAGAUGGAACAUCGCGAGACGGAACGAGGUCGCGACGGCAUCAGAGGUUCACGCACUUCCUACCAAGGCCCGUCGAUCCGGAGAGAGUCCCAGACCUGUACAGAGACAUAUUGGGACAGAGCUGAGGGUUAAAAGCCAUCUGUGCCCUAAUGCAACCAAAACCGGUCGAAACAGGCCAACUGAAUGCGCCGAACAUCAUCCCUUUCCUUUUUUUUUUGGAGACGGAGGAUCUUCUGGAUCUGGACGGAACAGGGUCGCAAAGACAGCACMGAGUCUAAUUCACGCUGUUGGGUUGGAGAGAGAAGGAAAAAAGUCUGGGAUAUGAGAAGAAAAACGCAAGUGAACUCUAACAAAGGGACACAGAGGAGGUUCCUCAAAUGUUCCUCAGUGGCCUACGGAAAGACCCUGGUGGCCAAGAGGAUAAUUCUUUUUUUGGAUUUUUAUUAGUUUUCAUUUGAUAAAAAUCCAAAUACAUGCUCAAAUGGACUGGAUCUGAUAGUUGUGUGAUUAACCACCAGCUGCUGGUAGCCUUUCUGUCUGCUGGAACUUCACUGCUCCACUACUGUCAGUAGAUGUUUUAGUUGUUUUUUUCUGUCUAACAUUAUCGAGGCUGCUAUGGCUUGUUUGUAUUACAAAAAAAAAAAAAAA